UGCAGGAGUUUAUGGAGACGCAGAACGUGCGUUCAGGCUUUGGGUUGGCUUAGCGAAGGAUUGCGCCGUUUAUUUACCCUGUGCUUGUGACUUCCUUCUGUGUUAUUUUUCGAUAAUCAUACAGUAAUAUACUGUAGUAGUGGAAAUGACAACAUUUAUAAGUUCCAGGGUAGCGCUGCAUGGUCUGAGAUCAUGUUUUGGCAAUUUAAAAGAUGGAAAUGUGCCUGUUUGUAUAUUGCGCAAUACAGCUGGUGUAUGCAUCAACAGGUUUUAUGCUGCAGCAGUAAAACAAGUCUAUCAACGUAACAAACCACAUAUAAAUAUAGGAACAAUUGGACAUGUUGAUCAUGGAAAAACUACACUUACUGCGGCUAUUACUAAAUGUAUUAUUAUUAAUAUUCUUUACAUUGAAAAUACUCACAGCCAUGUAAGGUUACAGAUGGAGAAAAAUGAAUGA